AAAAGAUUCAGACUCUGAUUUACAAUAUUUUCUGUCAAUUUGUCUCUGACAAUUGAAUCAACCAUGAAAAUUAGUUUUUCUUUGUUAAUUUUGUUAAUCACCAAAAUCUUAACUCAAACAACUGAUGAAGUGAUUUAUUCAGAUGAGGAGGGUUUCGAAAGAGACAUUCAACCCACCCCACCGCCUCCUCCAGUCCCUCAAGUCUUGCCUAAUGAAUCAGAGAAUAACAGUUCAGACCCAUCGGCAAAUAACGUUGAACCUUCUCGAUUUUUGCCAAUUCGUCAAAUUUAUGGCGAGGCCUUGAUUCGAGGAGCACCCGGUGUCCGAGGUCUAAUUUACUUUAUCAAUUCGUGGAACGGAGUUGGAAUUCACGGGAUCGUUUGUGGCCUUCGUCCAGGUAACCAUGGAUUCCACAUUCAUCAUUAUGGUUUGACAGCCAACGGCGGUUGUGAUGCUGCUGGUCCACAUUUCACUCUUUACCGUUGGAACCACGCUGGACCAACGGAUAAGUAUCGACACGCUGGAGAUUUGGGUAACUUGAAGGUUGAACAAAAUGGCAUCGCUUUUAUCAAUCAAUUCAAUGGUCAAGUAACUUUAAUGGCCGCAAAUAACACGAUCCUUGGACGGUCAAUUGUGAUUCAUGAGUGGCCAGAUGACCUUGGCCUCGGACGAAAGGAAUCAAAUAUCACCGGUAAUGUCGGUAAACCAAUUGCUUGUGGAUUAAUCGGAUUAAGAAGAGAUAAACCUUAUCUACCAAUCAAUUGUCCUCCUCCAAAUCUUUAAUCAAUUAAUCAAUUAAUCUCUUUAUCACAUUUAUCAUUAUUCUUCUUAAAGUGAACAAUAAAGUUAAAGGUUAACAA